AUGACUAUUCAAUCACCACCAAAUGAACAGAUUGGUUUUUGGCCGAUUACAAGUUCAGUAGACUGUUUGGCAAUGAUAGUAUUUGGUGAAGUUGGAGCAAGGAUUAAUUCAUGUGAAUCAUUUCGAUUUCGAUUAGCGUUUCGUUUAGUGUCUGUUGUUGGUAUAGGGAGCUUACUGUUUCACGGUACUCUUACAAGUCAAAUGCAAGCUCUUGAUGAGGUCCCAAUGGUUUGGUCAGCUUUAACGAUUCUUCACUCCUUAAUAGAAUCGAAUUAUGGUAAAAAAGGAUUAUGGUUGCCAAUCUUGUUGAUCUUACAUGCGAUCCUUUGUACCGCAUCAAUAACGAUACCAACUGGUGCAUUACAAUUCACCUUCUUUCACAUAUCAUUCGGGAGCAUAGAGUUUGUUAGCAUGAUAUUAAUGUAUCGUAUCUAUUCACGCAAGAAAGAAUCUCACCCUUCAAUCAAAUUAUUAUUUGAAAGGGGUCUAAUGAUUUACGUUCUAGCUAUCACGACUUGGUUGAUAGAUUUAUACUUGUGCGAUUAUGUGAAUGGUGAAGAAAAUAGUAUACUCCCAUUCAACCCUCAAUUACAUGCCAUGUGGCAUAUAUUAGCAAGUUCUGGUUUAUAUUUACUGGUGGUGUUAACCUUAUAUAAUUGGCUUUACGAGAACGGGAAAAAGUGUAUAGUUGAAUGGCGAUAUGGCGGUUUUGUUCCCGUUUGUACGGUAUCGGAUGCUGGAAGUACAAUCAAGAAUGCGAUCCUUUCAUCAGGAAAGAAAAGUGUGAAUCAUCAUCAUAAUCAUAAUAAUAAAUUGAAUUAUAGAAGAAAUGUAAAAUAG